UGCAAGGGAAUUGGCGACAUAGGCAGGCUCAGAGGUGAGGGCCCGCCUAGGGGGCAUGGAGCGUUAUUGCACGGGCGUCAUAGAGGGCGCCAGGUUGACUGCUCCCAAGGAGGAGGAAGCAUGUCCCCGUAGAGAGCCGGUUAAGAUCAAGUUCCCUGCUUCCUAUGGUGGGAAGAAGGAGGAGAACUUUGACAAUUGGGAGGCUAACAUUAAGACGUACUUGCAUUUGCAGAAAGUUGCCCCAGACGAGCAUGUCCUAAUAGCGAUUCAUGCUCUUAGGGAGGAAGCAGCAAGCUUCGCCCGUUCCCUGUGUCGUGCCGCCAACUGCAACGAUGAUCUCGUUGCUUAUUCUGCUUUUACACCCCUCAAUGAUUUUCUUAAGUUGUUGAGAGAACGGUUUGCAGACGUUUCCCGUAGUGUUAAAGCUUCAGACAAGCUGCAAACCAUCCAUUCUCGCCAAUGGAAGAGUGUCAGGGCACUCAAGGGUGUGAUGGAUGAGCUAGUUGCCGUUCCUGACCAUGGGGUCACCGAGACCCAGUUGGUCAACCUCUUCUACCGCGCUAUGCCCGAGCCACUACUAGACAACUCCUUGGCACAUUGCUGCCUUAGCGCUCCUGCGUUCGCAAGGUUAGUGAAGGCGGAGCAGCUAGAAGAACAAGUCUUUGUAGCCUAUGUCAGGCCAGUUACUGAGCCUAAAGAGGAAAAGCCCAUAGAUCCCGCUAUUGCCAAGCUGCUGGAAGAGUAUGUAGAUUUAGCUAAGCCGCCUACGGGAGUAGUCCCUCGGCCCAUCCAGCAUCGCAUUGAGAUAGAGCCUGGCAGUAGGACUCCUAAAGGAGCAGUGUAUAGGAUGUCCCUGCGGGAAUUGGAGGAGUUGUGCAAGCAGUUAGACGAACUCCUAGAGAAGGGUUGGAUUAGGCCCAGUUCGUCUCCAUUUGGAGCACCUGUUCUAUUUGUCCCAAAGAAGGAGGGGGAGCUCAGAAUGUGCAUUGACUAUAGGGGUCUCAAUGCUAUCACAGUGAAGAAUGCGGAGCCACUACCCCGUAUAGAUGAUCUUUUAGAUCGGGUGCAGGGUUGCAAGUAUUUUUCGAAGAUAGAUCUGAAGUUCGGAUAUCAUCAGAUAGAGGUCCAUCUUGAUGACCAGUAUAAGACCGCGUUUCGGACUAGAUAUGGGCACUACGAGUUCAUAGUCAUGCCCUUUGGACUAACCAACGCGCCAACGACUUUUCAGCGUUGUAUGAAUGAUUUGUUUAGGCCUUGGUUAGAUAGAUUCAUAGUAGUUUACUUAGAUGACAUUCUAGUGUUCAGCAGGACCCUCCAGGAGCAUGAGGGUCAUCUGAGGCAGGUCUUGGAGAAGCUGAGAGAGGCUAACUUCAAGAUCAAUGCAAAAAAGUGCGAGUGGGCAAAGACCCAAGUUUUGUAUUUAGGCCAUGUCUUAGACGGAGACGGCAUCAAACCAGAAGAUAGUAAGAUCGCAGCGAUUCGGGAUUGGCCGACACCCCGCACGUUGACAGAGUUGCGGUCGUUCUUAGGCCUAGCUAACUAUUACAAGAAGUUUGUAAGAAACUUCUCCACCAUCGCUGCACCCCUUCGCAGGUUGUUGAAGAAAGAAAUAAUCUGGAAGUGGGACAAGGACUGCACGUCUGCCAUGAAGAAGUUGAAGCAGGCAUUGAUAGAGUACCCAGUCCUUACGGUAGCCGAUCCGUCCUUGCCUUUUAUCGUCACGACUGACGCGAGGCAGUAUGGUAUAGGUGUUGUAUUACAGCAAGACGAUGGCAAUGGAUAUAGACCCGAAGAGUUUAUGUCUGCUAGGAUGCCUUCAGAGAAGGUAGCGACAUCUACCUACGAGAGGGAACUCUACGCUCCCAGGCAAGCAUUAGAGCACUGGAAGCACUACUUGCUUGGGAGGCACUUCAAAGUCUACUCAGACCACGAGACAUUAAGUGAAGAGAUCCGUAGUCUGAUUCUAGGGGAAUGCCACGAUACUGAGGGACAUUUUGGUUGGCAAAAGACUCUAGCUAACCUCAUGCGCGCGUACAUAUGGUAUGGGAUGAAGGUUGACUGCAUAGAGUAUGUUCGCAAUUGUAAGACGAAGUCCAUGGAGACACAUUUGCCAGUGGUGGGUGGGUAUGGGGAGAGACUGGAGUUUGCCAGCCUUGGCUUGAUUGGAGGGAUUGACGGUUUGGCAAGUAGGGUAAGAACGGAUGUAGGCUUUGACGUCGGCAAGGAGCGAGGGCCAGUAGAGAUAAUGGGAGAUGUUGCCGAAGGUUUUCUAGAAACCGAGGUGUCCGACAGUCUUGGCGUCGUGGUGUACAACCAAGAAUUGGGUACGGAGACCACGUACGGAAGGGAUGCAAAGGCAGCAGGUUCCUUUGGUGUCGAUGUAGAGGAGAUGGUCGAUGAGGGAAUAGUCGGGGACCGUGUCAAGGUCACGGAGUUUGGUGUAGGUAGUGGCGAAGUCGGGACAGGAGGCGUAGCCAUGGAUGAAGCGAUGCUGGAGAGAUUGAGGGAGGUUGACAUGCGUCAUGGCAGCAAAGACUUUCUCAGGGGGCUUGUGAUCGGGUCGGCGAGAGAGGGCAUUGGCAACACGAUUGGUCUUACUGGGACUAUGGUAGAUUGUGAAGGUGAUAUGAGAGGGAUUAGGGAGAAGGGUAGAGGAACACAUGCCAGUGAUGAGCUCGACCGACGGGGUGAGAGACGUCGUCAGGAGGGGGGCAGGCGGAGUAAACUGCGACGCCUGAGUGUCAUCCGGUGGGAGACCAAGGGUGGCACGACCACACACCCCUACACACCUGAAGAAGAGGCCAAGGCUGCCACCAUCCUGAAAGAGAGGAGAGGGAAGAAGGAGGCCAAGAAGAAGGCUUUGUUGGAGGAGCAGGCGGCGAAAUUGAAGAAGAUUGAGGAGGAGAUGGCCAGAGAGAAGGAGAGGUUGAAAAAAGAAGAAGAAGCGAAGUUAAAAGAGGUGGAAGAGGAGGAGGAGGAAGAGGAACAGCCGUUGGAAAGGAGGAGAGAGCAACGAGGGCAGUACAGCGAGAGUAAAAGCGAUGAAAUGGAGAAGAGGAUUUCAGAAUGGGUUGCCAACUUGUCUUUGGGCGAAGAGGAGGAGGUUGCCAUGUAUAUUCCCAAGGAUGAGCAGGAGGCCGCCAUGAAAGAAUGGGAUGCAGAGGAAGAUCCCCUGAAGCGACAAGCGAUGGAGGAUGAGAAAAAGAUGGAGUGGAGGCUCAGGAUGAUGAGGGAAAAGAAAAGAAGAGUAGAGGCGGCAAGUGAGGCGGCCAAAGAGUUAGAGCAAGUCAAGAACCUGAGAGAGCAGAUGGCCGCCCAGGUGGAUCUCCAACGAAAGGUGGAGAUCAUUGCCCAGAGUGUUGAGCGCUUAGCCCGGGUCCUGUUACUGGGAGACGAGAGAAGGCUUAGGGCCGAAGCAAGGGUCCGUAAUCUUGAGAUUGUGAGGGAAGCUGCAACAGCUGUAGAGAGAAUCUUGGCAGCAGCAACAGUUAGCGCAGGAGCAAUGGCUACAUCUGCGACAUCAACUACAGCAACUUCGUUCGGUUUCACUUUGGGAAUUGCAGACACCACAGGACAGUCCGUUUUCAGUACAACAGGGUCCAGGGCCAGUCAGAUGGCGGGCUUGCAGUCCAGCUCGCCGCCUCUAUGCACCAGGGAGCAAAUGGAGCUCCAGCAAGUAGAGAGGAUCCGUUUAAGGCUAGAGGAGGAACUUGAGAAAGUUGUCGACAGGGAGAAUGAGAUUAGAAAUAGAAGUACUAGACUUGAGAGUAGAGAGGCAAACAAAGCUGCAUUAGCGGGGUUAGACUCGGCCCUGAACGACACUGCAAGGAUACUUAAGGCGAACAUCAUGUCCAUGCACGCGUACAUGGACAGCAAACUGGACGUUGUCCAAGACACCUUGGACCAGAUCCUGAACACCAUGCACAGGCCAGGAGUCAGGCCAGCUGCUUUGCCAUCGCUGCCAUUCUCAGCGAUGACAGGCCCGUAUCCGCCUCAGUCCCAGGAGGGGCCAAAGUUGAGGCCAGUCGAGUACAUGUCCAAAAAGAUGUCGUCUCAGAAGUUGGCUAAGUCCACCUAUGAGAAGGAGCUCUACGCGAUUUAUAAGGCAUUGGCCCAUUGGAGACAUUACCUCCUUGGGAGGUUCUUUAUCGUCAGGACUGACCAUCAUACCUUGAAGGGGAUGAGAACCCAGCCAGUGCUCUCCGAUGCCUUGAAGCGCUGGAUCGAAGUCAGUGAACAAUAUGAUUUCGAACCCCAGUAUCUGAAGGGGGAGUACAAUAAAGUUUUUGAUGCCUUAUCGCGUAGGCCUGACUUCUCUGGUGCGCUGAUCACUGAGCUCGGGCUUGCGGACGAUGCCACUCGCUCUUUGGUGGAAGCCUAUCGCGAGGACCAGUUCAUGUGCGAGAUCAUACGCAGACUCGAGGCGAAGGACAAGGGGACUUCUGUCGAGUUUGAGUUGGUCAACGGCCUGCUGUUCCUUGAGAAGGCCAGGAAUAAACGUUCGUGUGUCUGUGAGAGGGACAAGCCAAGUACACAGGCUCCUCUUGGGCUUCUGAAGCCCCUUCCGAUUCCGGAAAGGCCUGGUGAGAGUUUGUCCAUGGACUUCAUGGAUACGCUGGUCACCAGCAAGAGUGGAAUGCGCUACGUCUAUGUCAUUGUGGAUAGAUUUAGCAAGUACGCUAGGUUAGUCGCAAUGCCGACAACAGCUAAAACGAAGUCUGUGAUUAAACUGUUCAAAGAGAACUGGGUCAGAGAUUUUGGACUGCCAAAGUCUAUAGUCAGUGACCGUGAUGUGCGAUUUACUAGUGAAUUGUGGAAGGCCGCAGCUGCAGAACAGGGAACACAGCUGCAGAUGAUAUCAGGGAACCAUCAAGAGGCGAAUGGGCAAGCAAAGCAGUUGAACCACGUUGUACAACACCUGCUGAGGCACUACAUCAAACCUAAUCAGGUAGACUGGGAUGAGAAACUUGCUCUCAUCGCCAGCCUGUACAAUAACGUUGUGCACAUCGCAACAGGAGCUGUUGAACAGAUGCACAAGGCUCAGGCAGCGAUGAUAGAAUAUGAGAACAAGCACCGCCGCCCGUCUACGUUUCAGGGUGAAGCUGCGAUGAGGAGGAAGGCGCUGAAGUGCCGGCACGACGAAGAUCACGACGAAGAUGAUCGUGGCGGAGCUUGGAAGUCACGGCGACGAGCACGAUGCUUGGAGGUGACGACGACGAGCACAGCAGCUUGGAGGUCACAGCGCUUGGAGGUCACGGCGACGAGCACGGUGGAGAUGACAAAGAUGGAAGCUGCGACGAGCACGCCCAAGCUGACACCACCUCCAAUGUAUUCUGGGGAAGACCCCAAGGUGGAUGUAUCAAACUGGGUUACUGCUAUGCAGGCAUACCUGGGCAACUUUGUUUGUCCAGAGGUGACAAAGGUAGGGACCAUUCUGGGUCGUCUGGAGAGGACUGCACUCAAGUGGUGCACCUCCUCUUCAGCGAAACAGAAUCUGCCCAUGGACAAAUGGGCACAGCAGCUGAAGGUGGAGGGGUUGCUGCAGGCUCUACAGGACCGGUUUGCCGACAGGGAGCAGGCCCGGAAAGCAGCAGAUAAGAUACUGCUGUUGGGCUCACGCAGAUUUGAGGGUUCCCUGUCCAAGCUCUACAGCUUGUUUGAGAGCUUGACUGCUACACCCGGUCUGGAGAUGAGUGAGUCUGACCACACCCAUUUCCUACGUGCCGCGCCUCUUGACUACUCCAUUGCUCUCUACUCUCAGGGCCACAAGGACUGGAGGUCCUUUGGCAAAGCGGCCCUGGACCUGGAGUCUCGGCUCAAGGUUCAGGAACCUUCUGAAGGAAGGAGGAGACCCUCUUCCAGGGGACAGUGCAGGAAGAAGGGUGCUCUAUUGGCUGCUGAUGCAGGAUCUGAUUCGGAUGCAUCUCAGCGUGGCAGUCCUCCAUCUGAGACUGCAUCAGUAUCAGCAGUUGAGCCAGGCGUUCUUGCCCUAGCUGAGAACCUUGCUGCCAUGUUCAAAGGGAAAAUGGGGAACAGCAGCAGCAAGAGCUAAACUAGUUAGAAGGGGAAAGCAGCAGGUUAAAGGAGGGUGUCGCUCGUUGGUGGUACACCAAACGAGCUAACCGCCAACAAGCAAAC